ACAAUCUGUAAAAGGUGAAGUGUUACAAAAGUGUAAUGCACACAGUCGCUAUUUCUUGCAACAUUUGUUUCAGAAACGUUUGCAUUUAAUUAAAGUGCCACAAUAAUUCGGCAGUUGUUAAGGGUUGUGAAAUAGCUAUCUUUGAGGCCUAAUUUGUUUAAUACAGAGGGAAGGAUUUGGAUGAAAGUGACAAUGUCGGAGUAGAAUGUAAUUGGUUUAGGAUUAAUCGCGGAGAAUGUGCAUUAUUGUAUGCAUUUGCAGCUAAAAUGCAACACUAUACAGCAGCAACAUCAUGUAUCACAGACUUCUGUAAAAAGAAAACCUGUGCUGUGCCAGAUCAAUUGAAAUGUAUGAAAUAUAUCUCCUCAACUGAACCCAAGCUGCUUUUGGCAUUUUUUCUUAUUUGAUGGUAACGAUCGAGUAGUAGUGAUUGUGUCGUGGAUCGCUUAAAUGAAUGACGCUGAGCAGGAGAUUUGUACAAAAGCCAGAGGAGGGUGCGUUGUCAAACCCAUUGGCUACUGAUUAUAAUCAAUCAGGGACAAGCAAGAGAACACUAGGGGGGUUGAGUCUGAGCUUCAGUCCGUGAGAGGGAGUCUUCUAGACGGACUGAAAGAAAGCACACCAUCGGCAACACGCAGAUGGAUUAGAGUCAGUUCCUGAAAUGUUUAAACGUUUCUUAGUCAGGUGGAUCGUCACAGAUUGCAGCGUGGUUUUGAAGCCGAUCGUCUUCUGGUUUUUGAAUUGGGAUUCUGAACUAUGCCUGCUGCAGUAAUUUGUCCUGGAUACUUGUGAAUUGCUCAUGUCCAAAAGACAGAAGGAUGGCUCAUGGAAUUCCAUCCCAGGGCAAAGUUACCAUCAGCGUGGAUGAGUACAGCUCCAACCCUACCCAGGCCUUUACCCACUACAACAUCAACCAGAGCAGAUUCCAGCCCCCUCAUGUGCACAUGGUGGACCCGACCCCGUACGACACUCCGAAACCUGCAGGCCACACACGCUUCGUCUGUGUCUCUGACACACACUCCCGAACAGAUGGCGUCCAGAUGCCCUAUGGGGAUGUCCUCCUUCACACAGGCGAUUUGACUGAGCUGGGACUGCCCUCCGAGGUUAAGAAGUUUAACGACUGGUUAGGAAGCCUUCCUUACGAAUUUAAAAUAGUAAUCGCUGGAAACCAUGAGCUGACGUUUGAUAAGGAGUUCAUGUCGGAGCUGGUGAAGCAGGAUUACUACCGCUUUCCGUCUGUGUCCAAGUUGAAACCAGAGGACUUUGACAAUGUUCAGUCACUCCUGUCGAACUGUUUAUAUCUGCAAGACUCUGAGGUGACAGUCAAAGGAUUUCGAAUAUACGGGGCACCUUGGACGCCCUGGUUCAAUGGGUGGGGUUUUAACCUUCCGAGAGGUCAGUCUCUGUUGGACAAAUGGAACCUCAUUCCAGAGGGCAUUGAUAUCCUCAUGACCCAUGGACCUCCACUUGGUUUCCGAGACUGGGUUCCAAAGGAAUUACAGAGGGUCGGCUGUGUGGAGCUCCUGAACACAGUGCAGAGGCGGGUGAGGCCCAAGCUCCAUGUUUUCGGAGGCAUCCAUGAAGGUUAUGGGAUAAUGACAGACGGUUAUACAACAUAUAUAAAUGCCUCAACCUGCACAGUCAGUUUUCAGCCAACCAAUCCACCAGUCAUAUUCGACCUCCCAAACCCACAAGGAUCCUGAGGCACUAACCUGCAUCAGGGAGCGGGCAGGUCUAGAAAGUACCAUUUUUUUCUAACAAUAAGUCCAAUGAAUCCUACUAAAUGUUUCUUUCCAAAUUAUUUGGUAUUUUGUAAACUGCUGGUACAAUUUUAAAGAUGAUUUACAAAAAAAAAAGAAAGGAAAAAUGUCAUGCUGUUGAAAAAUGGAUGGGCUCUUUAAAAUGAAGCUUUGUGAAUUUGUAUACCUACCAUAUAUAUUUUGUUUGCAUUUUGCUAGAUACAUUGUUAAAUGCAGUUGUAAUGUGUUAACUACCCCUUACAGGACAAUUGGAGGUUAAGAACAUUGCCUUAAACUAGCUGUACAUUAAACAUGAAUUACCUAUCCUUGUAGAAAAAUACACUUUUAAAGUCUUGCUAUUUAUUUAUUGCUGGAUGAAUCAGAAAUGAACUUGUUCUUCAAGUAAAACUCAAAGCACAAAGUUCAUUUCCAGAAGAAUAUGGAUGAUUCAUUUGUCUGUACAUGGGGAUAACCUUAAUUAUACUAGAGUAGCAUUGGAAGCUGAGAUGUGUUUUCUGUCACCACUGUGCUUCUCAAUCUAUUGUAUUUUGUCCUUCAACUGUGACUCUCCUGAUUGCAGUUGUUCAACAAAAUUACAACUUCUUUUGAUUUGCAAUUUAAAAACUCCUAUUUCCAUUUUUAGUUUUGAGUCAACUGGCAUACUUCCUGUACAACAGAAAACUAAUUGCUAAGCUAAAAUGUGUUAUAUAUAUAUAGACACCUGCCUAAACAAGGUUUAGUUGUCCUUUACAUUCUAACUCUUAUUAUAUUUGUGUUUUUUAAUUCUUAUUUUGUUCUAAUUUUGCACUGUGUAAAUGCAAUCUUGCUAGCACAAAAAAAAUGUUGCCAAUAGUUGUUUUGAACUUUGCCACUGUAAAUGCUACUGUUUUGUUUUUGUUUUUUUCUGACUUUAUACUUUGUUUAUUGAAAUUUAGAAAUGCAUUUAUUAUUAUUUUUGUUUCUUUUAAAUUUAUUGUGAUAUUAUAUAUUUAGCCGCCUUUAUAUGCAAAUAAAUUGCAAGAUUUUUACUUAUUA